AUGGAGAUGUCUAUAGAGAGUUGGUUCAACCUGCACUACUACGGGUUCGGGCAUGGUGAGGAAUUCGACUACUACGAUGAGGAGGAGGAAAGCGAAGAGGAUGAGAUUGAGGUGCAGGAACCGAUCGUGGAGGUAGACGAUCGCGAGUUUCCCUUUCAUGAUGAUGUGUUUUACAUCAACCUGAAGGGACCUCGCGUUCGCACCGGAUUUGACAAUCUUCCAAUGGAGAUCCUGCUGAACAUAUUUCGCUUUCUCAACUCGGUAGAUCGCGACUCGGCGGCCCUCGCCUGUAAACGUUGGUUCGAUGCGAUGGGCUAUCGGGAGUUUCUCGAUGAGGUGUGCUUCCACUUUGAGGAAGUGAGCAUCUGCGAUGGUACACAUCCGAUCGCUCUGUUCUUGCGCAGCUUCCGGCACUUUUCCAACAUCAAGCUCACACGGGUCCAUUUCAACGGGUACAGCGAGUUCUGGGAUGUGUUCGGGGAGUACAUCCGCGAGAUCACGUUCUGCAACUGCAUCACGCUGACGAAGUCCAAGCUGACGAUGAUACUGAAACGAUUGCCCUUCCUGGAGUGUCUAGCGCUGGAGGAAGCGGACGAGUUCUUCAAAACGUGGACACCGGUCGAGAUGAAGCGGAUCGAGCCGGUGUGUCGUUGUUUGCGCAAGCUGGCACUGCGCAAGAGCAACGCGUUCACGGUGGAACAUCUCCACUAUCUUGUCGCGAUGGGACCCAACAUAAGUGCGCUGGAAAUAUCCAAAUGUCUCAAGCAGAUUGAUGCACCGACGCGGGUGAAAAUACUCACCACCAUACUGGCGAUCAUGAAGAUGCGCAAAAAGAAGCUACAGUCGGUCGACUUCAGCUACACUAUGUACGACGAUCUAUUUCUGAAGCAGUUUGCGGAGAUCGACAACAUGUCGCUAAGCCAGAUGAGCUUGUCGUUUUUUGAACGGGCACCGAUUAAGGAUCCGGGCAUCAUUGACAUACUGCGCUGCCAGUCGGCCAUCGUCCAUCUGGAUCUGUCCUCGUUCCUGAACCUCACCGAUUUUGCGCUGAUCGAAAUUUCCACCUCACUCCGGUUGCUGAAAACGCUCAAGCUGAACGGAUGCUGGCUACUGACCGACUUUGGUGUCGAAUCGAUCUACCAGCUGGACCGGUUGCAGGUGCUCGAUCUUUCCGACUGUGAUAAGAUCAGUGAUCGCGGUUUCAUGAAGGCAAUCGUAGACCGACGGCGGGAUGGUAUGAGCCAACUGUAUCUGAGUAUGCUGCCCGGGUUGACGGACAGUGUGAUUCUGAAGAUUUGCCUAACGCUGCUCAAUCUCACCGUGAUCGAUUUCUGCGGUUCGGAUUGCAUGAACGACACAUCGGUACAGUUUCUCUUCUGCUACCUUAAGUGUCUACGAACUCUGCGACUAAACGGAUGCGUUAAGAUAUCUGAUGCAGGCCUAACCGGGGAGGAUCUUCCAGUGGCGGUGAUCGAAAUCUGGGACACACAGUCGACGUUCUCGAUCAGCGAACUGCGCAGUCUGCAGGAGCUUCAGCUGUCCGGGUGCUUCAAAGUGACCAACUUCACGCUGACACAUUCAUUCCGAUUUCGAGAGUUGCGUGAACUUAACCUAGCCCACUGCGUGCAGAUUUCUGAGCCAGGUAUCGAAGCAAUGUCCCUCAAUUGUCCUGCACUGGAGCAAAUAGAUUUGAGUGACUGCUUCCACGUUAAUGACCGCUGUGUAGAGGCGCUUGCGAAAAAUCUUUUAAGGCUUCGUUCGUUGAAGCUUGUCCGACUGCCUCUAAUAACGGGUGCGAGCGUGGAUGCGCUUGUGCAGUAUGCGAAAGUGAUCCGAUAUUUGUACAUACGCAGCUGCAACAAAAUACCGAAGGAUGCACCGGAACGGUUGAGGAAAAUAGCCACCUUACGUAAUAUACCCAAGUGUUAG